AUGAUAUGGAUGAUUGGCUCGACAAAUGGGCAGAAUAAUGGAUUCAAUCUCUCCACAAACCUCCAGCAACUCCGCCUGAUCUCCCGCAUUGCCAAUGGAAUCUCUCUCCAUCAACGGGUCUUUACAAUGACUACGGACCAACUGAUCUCUGAUCUCAUAGGCGUUGAUCCCUUGAAAUUGGCUGAAAUCGAUAAGGAUCAGGUGAAGGUGGUAGCGGAGAAUUUGAAUAAGCUCGAUCAAAUUCCAAGAGACGAAGCAAAUGAAGACCGACUCUGGGAUCUUGGUUGGAUGGCGGAGGAGGCCAAGUUCUCUCCCGAAACCUCACUGGAUCUUUCAAAAAAAGAUCUGUACCUGAAAGCUGUCAAUUCUAUAAUCAAUAUGAAGGAUCAGUGGAGAAAAGUAAAGACGUUCGCAGAAACCCUAGACCUGUCACUGGAUCUCUACCCCUGCUUCGAUAUCUCCCGGAGCACGGUGCUUAGAGACAUUAACGCGACUUUCCCCCACCUGCAAAGCGUAGAUAAUAUCCAGCAUCUGUACCCAACGGGGCCUUCUGAUUGGUCAAAAGUAAAGUCAAAGCUGGAGCAGUUAGAGUACACUAGAAACCUCAGCAGGGUGCUACCGGCCCUUCAAGUGUCUUCCGCAAGACCCCCACGACCUCUUGAACACAAAGACCUGAAGAGCAGAUGGAUAAAAAAUGUCGUCAAAGGACAGGCUCACAGGCUUGAGAAGGCCUUGGCUUCUCUGGAAAAAGUGUCCUGGCAGGUUUCUAGUCUGUUGGGGCUUCCGGCAAUCCAGAACCUUCCCCGGUUCAAUUCCAAUGCCCAAAUCCUAUUAGGGCUAAACUCCUUAACCCCGCUGAUCUCCAACAUUGGCAAAAUCCAAGUUGACUUAACUUUCACCAAGCAUGAAGGCCUUCAUAGACAUUUCAUAGACGUUUUGCUCGACAUGGAGAAGCUCGCAGAUAUGAUAGACGCGCUACAAAAAGCCAUGGAGUUCUGGGAUUCCAAGAGGUUUUUUGGGAAUCAGGAUCAGAUCACUUCACACCCACCUGACCUAAAAAUUCUCACUACGGAAUCUAUCGACUCAGUUGCAGAACGUAUUAUAAAGUACUUUCCCUCUUUCGAACAGUUUACAGGGGAAAUGCCCAAGUUUCUGAAAAUCGUGGCUUCACUGAAGAAAAUCAAUGGAAUAGAAAUGGUCUCGCCUGCCUUAAAAGCUUUCAAGUUCCUUAGAAUCAGAGAUGCUUUGGAUAUUGAUCUCAUCCGGAUUCAGGAUGCCAUGAAGAAUCUGGAGCAAGAGAUACUGGCGGUUCGAGGGAUAACUGAUGAGUUCUCAGGACUUCCGGACAUCUCGAAACACUCUAAGAUCCUCGAUGAAACUGUAGAUUGGCUUGGUUAUCUUCUAGAGACUAACCUGACUGAAUUGGGAGCUUCCUCGGAGCUUCAGCAAAAGAUCUCAGACUUCAGGAAACAAGGUGGAAUCACCUCAACACGACUUGUAGACUAUGUUCCGAUAUUUGCACAAGCAAAUUUGCCGAACUUGCCGAAUUCGCCGUGCUCGGCAAAUAUUGGAAAAAGAGAUUUGCGGAAUUUGCCGAACUCGGCAAAUUUUGAGAUUUGCCGCACACCCCUGGUCCACACUUCUUGCUAA